AGUUCAUCUCCCGCGCUCAUGUAAUAGAUCCAUGAAUGUUAGCUACGCAUGUUCCCUGUCUAUGAUGUUACGCUAUCCUGUUACCAUAGCAAUGGAUAGAAGCAAAUGGGAGAAGAUACUCACCUGUUUUCAGGCAUCUGCACGUGGAUACUUGGUGAGAAACGAAGUCCGUCGUGCGCGAGAAGACUUUGAGGACAUCGUGAAAGAGAUAGAUGGAGGCUUGGCCCAUGUAGAGUGGAGGGAGACGGUCAUCCCCAUUCCCCACUUCUCAUACACUGACGGCCCAUUUCUACGAGCUAGCAGCUCUGCCAGCAAAGCGUCAAAUCCAGGACUAGAUGUCUGUGCCAGUCCCCCGAGACCAUCAUCAGCAUCCUUAUCAGAGGAGAGAGGAGGUCACCGGGUCCUGCUGGAGAAGAUAGAAGCAGAGAGAGAUGAUUCACAAUCCAAAGGACGGACCUCUGUUUCUAAUGACUAUUUCCACAGCAGCAAUGUUAGAGGGGAUGAAGAGGGACAGAACGAGAGCACUGUGGGGGAGAAAGAUGGAGACUCCACCACCGUCUGGAGCAGUUUGGAGCUGGACAUGAACUAUGGUCACUCUCACAAAGGUCCCCGGCAGUACUGCUUGGCUCAGGAGGUGCCCUGUACCCCAGAGGCCUUGCGUCUCCAUAGAAACACCCUGACCAUGGAGCUGGUCUGGCUCCAACAGGCCAUUGGCAGCAGGAAAAAGUACUUGUCACUGAAGGAUAGUCUGAGCGUAUCCUGACAGCAGAAGUAAUCUGAACUGGACUUGAUAAUGUAUGACUGAAGGCCUGUUUGCUAUCAAUUAACUAAACUCAUUAAAGUGGCAUUUUUUAAGCUAUUAUUUUUGUACAUAGACACUGUAAAUAAUUGCUUUCCUUGGUAUUUAUCAC